AUGUUACUGGCAAAUGCACUGUUAUUGGUCUGUCUGUUGGUAUCAGUACAGGCCAAAACCCACACUUUUAACUAUGCUGCUAGGUGGGCAUGGCUGAACCCUGACGGUGUUAAGUACAGACCAGUUAUCACACUGAACGGUACUUGGCCUUUGCCAACCAUAGAAGUGAACAAAGGCGAUCGUGUGGAAUUCAGGCUUAUCAAUGAGCUUGGAAACUCCACCACUUCCAUGCAUUUCCAUGGUUUAUAUCAGCAUUCUUCAAACUGGUACGAUGGUCCAGUAGGGUUUACGCAAUGUCCCAUAAUGGAGGGUAGUUCUAUGUUGUAUAAUUUCACAGUGGAUGGCCAGAGUGGAACGUAUUGGUAUCAUUCACAUACUUGUGCUCAAUAUAGUGAUGGUCUUAGAGGCGCUUUCAUCAUCAGAGACGCGGAAAACGGGGUCGAAAGCUUGCAAUACGACGAGGAAAAGGUUAUUACGAUCAGUGACUGGUAUCACGACCUCAGCACCGUGUUGACCAAAAGACAGCUAUCAAAAUAUAAUCCUACUGGAGGAGAGCCUAUCCCGCAAAACGCGUUGAUGAACGACUCCAAAAACGUGACCUUCAAUGUCGAGCCUGAAAAGACCUAUUUGCUCCGGUUCAUCAACAUGGGCAUCAUGGUGUCACAAUGGGUGUAUCUUGAAGACCACGAGUUUGAAAUAGUGGAAGUGGACGGUGUAUUGGUGGAUCCUGCAAAGACCGAGCUCUUAUAUCUCUCCGUGGGCCAGAGAUGUUCAGUCCUUCUAAGAACCAAGAAAGGGAAGAAAAACUAUGCCCUGGUACAGAAGAUGGAUGAGCAGAUGCUAGAUACUGUGCCAGAUGACCUGCAAACUGUUUCCACAAACUGGGUAGUCUAUGACGAGAACCUUCCUCUUCCUCAGCGAACCGACCUGGACACCUGGGAUUUAAAUUUUGUCAACGACGUCGAUCUGGUGCCUGUUGAUAGAAUGCCGUUGUUACCGGAACCUGAUAUGUCCAUAGUUGUUGAUAUGAAGAUGGAGAUGCUUGGGGAUGGCGUGGUCUAUGCCCUUUUCAACGAAAAGAGCUACAUGGCUCCUAAGGUGCCUACCCUUUAUACGGUUUUAUCUUCUGGGAAAAUGGCUACGAACGAAAAGAUCUAUGGGUCAAAUACUAACACGUUUGUUCUGAAUUAUAACGAAACAAUUGAGAUCGUUUUGAACAAUUUUGACGACAACAAGCACCCUUUCCAUCUGCAUGGACACGAGUUUCAGAUACUCGAAAGGUCAAAGCCCCACGAUGUACCUCAUCCUUACCAUGCCAAUCACUCUAGACAAUUUCCAGAGUUUCCAAGUAGGAGAGACACGCUCACUGUUGCCGCAAAUGGUCAUUUUGUAAUCAGAUACAAGUCCGACAACCCUGGUGUAUGGGCUUUCCAUUGCCAUUUGGACUGGCACUUGGAGCAAGGAUUAUCGCUGACGCUAGUGGAGGCACCUCUAAAGAUCCAGCAGCAACUGGGAUCAAAUUUACCCAAAGAUCAGCUGGACAACUGUGUCAACAGCAAUCAGUUCCAUGCUUAUGGUAAUGCAGCAGGAAACGUCUAUGAUUGGUAUGACCUUCGUGGUGAAAAACUCCAACCUGAGCCUUUACCAUUAGGCUUCACUAUAAAGGGCUACAUUGCAUUGGUGGCAUCAGCCUUGGUGGCAUUGUAUGGCCUGUAUUCAAUCUAUGGGUUUGGGAUGGACGACGUUAAAAAACAUGGCUGGGAAGACAGCGAGGUCUUGGUGAAUCUGAGACGGAAAGUCGAAGAUCCAGUGAUCCAGAAAGAACUGGACCAGUUGAUCUCGCAGACUAGAGGCAUUGAAAACUAG